CCCGGAACGUUUUGUCAACUUUCAGUUCCUGGGGACGCUGCACCGCAGUAAGAUGGCGGCACAGCAAGAAGAAGCAGUGAGAGAAUUUGUAGCGGUUACCGGCUCUGAGGAGGAGAGAGCCAGGUUCUUCUUGGAGUCUGCGGGGUGGGACCUGCAGCUAGCCUUGGCCAGUUUCUAUGAGGAUGGAGGUGAUGAUGAUAUUGUGACACUGCCACAACCACCCCAGGGAUCUGUUUCCCGAGGUUCAGGACCCAGUGAUCAUCGGGUGACAUCUUUCAGAGAUUUGCUGCACGCUCAAGAGGAAGAGGAGGAGGAAGAGGAAGGUCAAAGAUUUUAUGCUGGAGGCUCAGAGAGAAGUGGACAGCAAAUUGUUGGGCCUCCUAAAAAGAAGAACCCUAAUGAGCUAGUAGAAGAUCUGUUUAAGGGAGCAAAGGAACAUGGUGCUGUAGCAGUGGAAAGAUCUGCAAAGAGUCCUGGAGAGAGCAGCAGGUCAUCGCCCUUCGCUGGAGGAGGUUAUCGGUUGGGAGCUGCCCCAGAGGAGCAGUCGGCAUACGUGACUGGAGUCCGCCGCCAGCAGUCCAGCCAAGAUGUUCAUGUUGUACUAAAACUUUGGAAAAAUGGAUUUAGUCUGGAUGAUAAUGAGCUGCGCAGUUACCAGGAUCCGGCAAACGCACAGUUUCUGGAGGCAAUCCGCAGAGGGGAGAUUCCCACUGAGCUGCGCAGGUUGGCACAAGGUGGCCAAGUAAAUCUAGACAUGGAAGAUCAUCGUGAUGAAGACUUUGUGAGACCUAAAAGCAGCUUCAAGGCUUUUACAGGAGAAGGGCAGAAAUUAGGCAGUACUGCCCCUCAGGUCUUUACCUCCUCCACAUCACAACAGGCAGAGAAUGAGGCCAAAGCCUGCUCAUCUGUGUCCCUCGACAGCUCAGAGCCAAUUACCAACAUUCAGAUCCGAUUAGCAGAUGGCGGGAGACUUGUCCAGAAGUUUAAUCAUAGUCACAGGAUCCGUGAUAUUCGUCUAUUUAUUGUGGAUGCAAGACCAGCCAUGGCUGCCACAAGCUUUGUCUUGAUGACCACUUUCCCUAACAAGGAGCUAACUGAUGAGAACCUGACACUGAAAGAAGCCAACCUUCUCAAUGCUGUCAUAGUACAGCGAUUAAUAUGACUACCCUAGCUUGCCCUUGCAACUCCCUGCAGCUCUCCUCCCCUGCCGCUGGUGACAGUGCUAUUCUGUCUCGUAUUCCUGGGUUCAUGAUGCUUUGGGUGGACUUCAGAUCUCUCUAGGCGUAUAUUUUGCAAGAUUUGUAAUAAGCGUUGGACUUAACCAUAAAAUAAAUAGAAAAAGAAAACCAUCA